AAAACCCAUAACACAAUUAAAAUAUGGAAAAACGUUCGUUUUCUCAAACUAUUUCAUGCUAGCAUCCAAAAUGUACGAGAUGUUAAAUUAUAAAAAUUUAAGUCUUUUAUGCGAAUACCAGGCCGUGGCAAGUGCGAAUUUCUACUCUUCUAAAAAAGUAGGUCAGUUUAUUGGAAGAAAAUUUUUACCCAUAACAACAUAUUUCCUAUAUCUCAGAAUUUGUGGAUCAAUUGAUUGGGUCUAUGGUAAAUGUACAAAAAUUGGACAAAAGGAUCAUGAUUGUAAUACAACUAGUACUAGUAAUAAGUGUGAGACAGGAAGUCCUAUGCCACAAAAUUUUUUUUUUAGUACCUUCCUUGCUGCUCCAGCAGCCCAAUAUUUAUUUUUUUAUUUUUUCACGAAUUUAUACCUGGAUGCAGGCAAACAUUUCCCUGGAGGGUUUGGUCCUGCAGUAAAAGAACAAACAAAACAUGUUAGUGAAAAAACAUACGAGCGGAAACCAUCAGUUCAUAGUUUUAAUAGAAAUUUUUUCAUGGAACUGACGAACGGGUUCAUGUACGCCUUUUGUUUUUUCGCAGUUUUUCCUCUAUAUGCAUAUUAUGAAAAUAUUCAUUUUUAUAUUACGAGCAAUUUCCGUUUCUUGGAAAGAUAUUAUAGUGUAUUCAAUAAAUAUUUGAUAAAUUUUGUACGAACUAAACUUAAAGAAUUUACAAGUGAUAUUCUUAUAAAAUACGAACGUGAAGCACAUUUAAGUAUGAAAAAGUAUGGGUAUUUGGGUGAAGUUAUUGCGUCAAGAUUGUCGUCCAAAGAUAAAAUCAUGAAUUAUUUGCACGAAACGAACGAGGAGACCAUGAAUAAUUUAAGAAGAUAUGAUAUGGAAAAUGCUUUUAAAAACAAAAUGGUUACUUAUGUGGAUGAUUUUGCUUUUUUUGAUGAUUGUGGCAAAAACGAACAAUUUUUAAAUGAAAGAUGUGAUUACUGUCCUGUCGUUGAAGAAGUGGAAGAAACACAAUUAUAUACUGCCGCUCAUGAUACAACCACUGAACAUAUUACAA